CCCGGUCAACUUAAAUAUAGAGAUGAAGAACACUUUAAUAUGCAGGACGGUUGGAUAUAUGUUGUAGAAGUAACAGGACGGUGUGAAAUAAGCUAAUUAUGCGCAAUUGUGAUGAAUUAAUAUGUUUGCUCAUAACAAAUAGGAAAGGAGAUUAUUGUCGGUAUUUGGCUGAGUUUAAAUCCGGUGAUGAGUGUAAACAGGUUGCGGAUCAGUCAUUAAAGUCUUACGAGGCUGCUUCUGCAAUUGCUAACUCUGAUUUGUCUCCAACUCAUCCUAUAAGACUUGGCUUGGCUCUGAACUUCUCUGUUUUCUAUUAUGAGAUAUUGAAUUCUCCUGAAAGGGCCUGCCACCUUGCUAAGCAGGCUUUUGAUGAGGCUAUUGCAGAACUUGACAGUCUCAAUGAGGAAUCCUACAAGGACAGUACCCUUAUUAUGCAGCUCCUUAGGGACAAUCUAACCCUGUGGACUUCCGAUCUUCCAGACGAAGGUGGUACACUGUGUUAUGCAUGCUGAAUUUGAUUCAAACUUAACACAGCACCAGUCAGUCAAUCACUUACAAAAAUGAUAAAAUAUUCUGUUUGCAGAGUUAAUCAACACGACACUUGGUUCCUGUGGUUGAAGUGUUGAACAAUGGUACAUGCAGUAGUUAUUAACUUAUUAUUAUUAAAUGUUAUUUGGGCAUGUUGAUAGGGCACAAUAGGGCUCACUGACAAUUAUUAGCUCUGUAUUCUAUUUUCUGUUUUAAACACAACACAUUUGAAUCCUGUUUUGGAAGGUGGUCUGUUCUUUUUUCUUUCUUUUUUAAACAAUGUGUAUCUGUAUGUUCUUUA